UCCUCCUCUCAGCAUGGAAAACACACCUUAGUCCAGGCUCUUCUGCAGAAAAACAACUUUUAAUCCUCCACGACUAAAGAACGGAUUAUGGAUUCCUCUACAAACAGUUUGGAUGAUGUGUCGGCAGAUGGCAGUGCUGAUUAUCCGGACCGAGCCUCCAUGAUGGAGGUGCGUCUGCAGGCGCAGGAGGAUGAGAUCACACUGCUGAAAGCCUCGCUGGCUGAUGCCCUGCGUAGGAUUCGUAUCCACGAUCAGCUCCUCCCAUUACUGAAGCAGCAGCUGAUAUCAAUGAACCCGAGUGCUGCCCGGAUGCUGAACCAGGUGUGUUGCUCAGAUGGUUGCAGCCAAAGCAGAAAACCCUCUUCAAGCUCAGCCAGUGAUGGGACUCGCCACCCUGCAGUCUCUGCUAGCCAACUGUCAGACCACACUGUGAACAAUGCUAACGGCCUUAUAAGAAGCCCAGUGUCCGUAGAGGUCCAAAGCAAAGCAACAACAGCGGACAGGUCCACUCAGACAGAACCCACCGUUUUGCUGCAAGCUGUGGACCAGAACAUCCAGAGCCUGCAGCUGGAGGACGCUCUCCCUCCAAGUCUUGAGGGGGCCCGGGCCAAGCUCCAUCGUGUCCCUGGUGUCGAAGAGGAACAGGACAAAGAGGAGGAAGGAGUAGGAGGUCUACCAAAGGAAGGGACUUGGGGUUCUCCAGUGGAGGAGCCCAUCCAGCCCUCCUCAGUCAGAAGCCUUCAGAGGGAGGACUUCCAGGAUGGGAGCUCCUCGCUGGACUGUCCAGGCUCUGCUCCGUCCUCGCUCAAAGGUUCAGACCCCAGCCUGAACUCGCGCUCCGGACCCCUGUCCCCCAUCCAGGAAGGACAGAAGAUGCUAGUUCGCAGAAACAGUGAGAAGAUGAUGAACCCAGAGAGACAGAGGAAGGGUCUGGACAAGAAGGCAGCGUCUUCCACCAACCUGCUGAGCCGCUCCCUCAGCCUGGAGAGGCUCCCCCGGCUCAAGAAGAGGAACAUACAGCCAAGGACAGUCAAUAAAAAUGUUCAUCAGGGGCCGGCCCAUUACCAUGUACAUCCCCUCCAACAUCCAGAACUACGAUGAGCUGAAGAUGGAGGAGCCCUCAGAGAGGCUGAGGCUGGACUGGGUCUAUGGUUACCGGGGCCGGGACUGCCGGGCCAACUUGUUUUUCCUUCCAACAGGAGAGGCGGUGUACUUCAUCGCCUGUGUCAUCGUGCUUUAUCACAUCAACAACCGCACCCAGCGCCACUAUCUCAAACACACAGACUGCGUCCGCUGUCUCACCCUUCAUCCUGACAAAGUGCGAGUGGCUUCUGGUCAGGCAGCAGGCAUGGACAAAGAUGGAAAGCCUCUGCUGUCAUGUGUUCAUAUCUGGGACUCCACCACCCUGGUCACCCUGCAGCAGAUCGGCCUGGGGACCUUCCAGAAGGGAGUGGGAUCGUUGGCGUUUUCCUUUGCUGACUCUGGAGCCUUUCUGAGUGUGAUCGAUGACUCUAAUGAACACAUGCUGUCAAUAUGGGACUGCAGCAAAGGGACCAAGCAGGCAGAGAUCAAGAGUACCAACGAGGCCGUGUUCGCUGUGGACUUCAACCCGAGUGACAGCACCAUCAUCAUCACUUGCGGUAAAUCUCACGUCUACUUCUGGACCCUCAGCGCAGGACAGUUCACCAAGAAGCAAGGGAUCUUUGGAAAAUACAAGAAGCCCAAGUUCAUCCAGUGCUUUGUGUUCAGCCUGACUGGAGACGUUUUGACYGGAGACUCUGAAGGAAACAUCCUGACGUGGGGAAAGUCAGCUGCAGAUGUUAAGACUCUGGGUAAAGGAGCUAAAGAGACCUACCAGAUCAUGCGACAGACCAGAGCACAUGAAGGCAGCGUGUUUACCCUGUGCAUCCUGCAGGGCGGCGCUCUGCUCAGCGGGGGUGGGAAAGACCGGAAGAUCAUCCGCUGGAGCGCUGACCUGGCUCCUGAGACUGAGUGUGAGAUUCCAGAAAAGUUUGGGGCCGUGCGCACCAUAGCAGUGGUGGAUGAGGAGGAGUUCUUGGUUGGGACAACCCGGAAUGCUAUCCUCCGAGGGACCUUUUCAAAUGGCUUUGUUGCCAUAGUGCAGGGACAUGUAGAUGAAAUGUGGGGUUUGGCCACUCAUCCCUCCCACAACAUAUUCCUCACCUGUGGUCAUGACAGACAGGUGUGUUUGUGGAACACUGUGGAACACAAGCUGGACUGGUGUAUAACGCUGGAGGAAUAUGGGUUGUGUGCUGAUUUCUGCCCAAACGGGUCAGUAGUUUCAGUCGGCCUCAGCACAGGCAGGUGGGUUGUCCUUGACCUGCUGACCAGGAAGGUGGUCUAUGAGUCCAUUGAUGGAAAUGAGCAGCUGUCUGUCAUGAGAUACUCACCAGAUGGAAGCUUCUUAGCUGUCGGCUCUCACGACAACUUCAUCUAUAUCUACAGCGUAACAGAGAGCGGCCGCCGCUACAGUCGGUUUGGGAAGUGUAACGGACACUCCAGCUUCAUAACUCAUCUUGAUUGGUCCAAAGACGGGAGGUACAUCAUGUCCAAUUCAGGAGACUACGAGAUCCUGUACUGGGAGAUUGGAGAUGGCUGUAAGCUGCUGAGGAACCGUUUUGAAAGCAGAGACAGAGAAUGGGCCUCCUACACUUGUGUGUUGGGCUUCCACGUCAUGGGCGUGUGGUUGGAGGGUUCUGAUGGGACAGACAUCAACGCUCUGUGCCGCUCCCACAAUGAGAGGCUUGUAGCUGUGGCUGAUGACUUCUGUAAGGUCCACCUCUUCCAGUACCCCUGUCCUAAACUCAAGGCACCAAACCACAAGUACGAGGGUCACGGCAGCCAUGUCACCAACGUCYGCUUCACCCACAACGACUCCCACCUCCUCUCCAUGGGGGGGAAGGACACCUGCAUCCUUCAGUGGAGGGUGACCAGUGGAGGAGCGGGGGACGGCAGGGAGAGAAUGGCCUCGCUCUCGUCCACUUCCACCAGCUCCCCUGAGCCUGUGGCCAGCUAGCUGUGGGCAGUGUCUGGUACAGUGAUUAUAGGGGGUUGCUGGUUCAGCUGCUGAGGCAGAGGCCUGUUACAGGCUGACAGUGUUGUCUCUAACAGGAGAGCAAACACACAUUACUGUCACACAGGAGCACUGUGGACCGUGGUGGACCUGUCUCUGAUGUCCUCCGUCUCUGGUGAGGAACAGGAGGAGCAUCACGUUCAGCUGUGGACAACAUGACUGUUGUUGUUUCACCUAACCUAACCCUGACGUGGUUCCUCUUCACAUCUUCUUGCAUACUUUUAUGCUUUAUUAGUAAAAGUUAGGAUCUUUGUGCAUACAUUAAAAGACUGUGACAACUCCUCAAAAUAAACUGAGAAUUUUUUACUAAUUCAGUUUUGUAACAAUAGAUCUGUUUACUGCAAAUUAUGACUUUUUUUCUAAAGACUGUUAACUAGUUGGUAUGUUUUGUACUUGUCAAUAUUACAUUUUAAUAAAAGAUGCAGCGUUCCUGGAAGGAAUGGAUAUCG